UCUGCCUCCGGAAGGGCUGGGCGCCGGGCCGGCAUGGCCGCUGCCUGUCGCCGCAGGAGCAAGGGGCGGCCGGCCCCGGGCGGCGAUGGCGAUGGCGGAUCCCCGCGGGCAGGCGGCGCCCAGGGCGGGCCGCUGGUGCUCGGCGUCGCCGGGGCGGUGGAGGCAGGGGACGACAAGGUGCCGAAGAUGUUGCGGGCAGGCCUGGCGCAGCUGUCGCUGAGCAGCAUGAAGUCGGCAGGUGCAUGCAUAGGCCGCCCCGUCCUGCUCAGCGCCGCGGAGGGGAGGCAGGAGGUCUGCACUGCUUGGCCCACCACAGGCUUUCCAGGCGGCAGGGUUGGACUGAGUGAAACCACGCAGAAGAGCCUGAAAGUAAAUCUGGGUGAUGCUGUCACCGUGCAGCCUGUGACCGGGGCAGUUAUCCAGGCAGAAGAGGUUGAUGUGAAGUUGAGGGACAAAGAUGCCUGUAUUAAAGCUGAGGAAAUGUCUGUCUGUCUGCUGAGAAACCUAGAUGGGAAAGUGGUUUUACCGGGAAACCUCCUGGCUUUCUCUUUCUAUGGCAAACUUUGUAACAUCGUGGUGAUGAGAGUGAAAGGAACUGAUGGCACAGAGCUGACCGCCCCGGCCACCUCCAGCGAAACGCAGGAGCCAGACCUGGAGAAAUCUGACCUGGAGGCGAGCGCGCUAGAUUUGUCCUUGCAGCUCAGCGGGCUGGACCUGGACGAAAACCCCGGGGCUGCGUCCGUGAGCACACCGAGCAGGCGGAUGGACCCAGCCUCACCAGUUCCCCCCAGCUCUGCCGCGGCAUCCAGCAGGCACGGCUCUGCUGAGGGAGCCCCGACUGGCAGCCCGGGGGUCGGUGCAGACCUGCCCCAUGGCUCACAGCCGGCCGGGCCGGGAGGCAGGGAGGGACUCCUGCCGCCUGGCAAGGCGGGAGCAGCAAGCAGCACAGACAGUUUUUAUUACAUUUCUUCGAGAACUAGAAUCCAGUUUGUUGAAACCAGGACCGGCGUAGCAGACGACGGUGACUGUGAAUCCCGAGUUACCUAUGAUAUGAUAGGAGGUUUAAGCAGCCAGCUCAAAACUAUUAGAGAAACAAUUGAACUGCCCAUGAAGCAAGCUGAACUGUUCAAGAGUUACGGAAUCCCUCCUCCUAGAGGAGUGCUGUUGUAUGGCCCUCCAGGUACCGGGAAGACGAUGAUUGCCAAAGCCAUUGCAAAUGAGGUUGGAGCUCAUGUAACCGUUAUUAACGGUCCUGAAAUAAUAAGCAAGUUUUAUGGAGAAUCUGAAUCAAGAUUACGUCAGAUAUUUGCUGAAGCUUCUCUACGUCGCCCCUCCAUUAUAUUUAUAGAUGAGUUGGAUGCACUAUGUCCAAAAAGAGAAGGGGCUCAGAAUGAAGUUGAAAAGAGAGUUGUUGCUUCCUUGCUGACGUUAAUGGAUGGCAUUGGCUCGGAGGGCAGCGAAGGGCAGCUUAUGGUACUUGGGGCCACCAAUCGUCCCCAUGCUCUGGAUGCGGCACUGCGCAGACCCGGCCGUUUUGAUAAAGAAAUAGAAAUUGGGAUUCCUAAUGCCCAAGACCGUCUGGACAUACUCCAAAAGCUUCUGAAGAAAGUUCCCCAUUCGCUCACAGCUGCAGAGCUGGUGCAACUGGCUGAUAGCGCGCAUGGCUAUGUAGGUGCAGACUUAGCAGCCUUGUGCAAAGAAGCAGGUUUGUACGCACUGCGGAGAGCUCUGGGGAAGCGAGCUAACCCCUCAGACAACGAGGUGGCUGGGUCAGUGAUGAUUGCUUUCAAUGACUUCCUGCAAGGGAUGAAUGAUGUCAGGCCCAGCGCCAUGAGGGAGGUGGCAGUUGAUGUGCCAAAAGUAUCUUGGUCAGACAUAGGAGGACUAAAAGAUGUCAAGCUGAAAUUGAAGCAGGCAGUUGAAUGGCCUCUCAAACAUCCUGAAGCCUUCAUCCGAAUGGGGAUUCAGCCUCCAAAAGGUGUACUGCUUUAUGGACCUCCUGGAUGCUCAAAAACGAUGAUAGCAAAAGCUUUGGCUCAUGAAAGUGGCCUCAACUUCUUGGCAGUGAAGGGACCUGAGCUGAUGAAUAAAUAUGUUGGUGAGUCUGAACGAGCAGUGAGAGAGAUCUUUAGGAAAGCCAGAGCGGUGUCUCCUUCAAUUCUUUUCUUUGAUGAAAUAGAUGCGUUGGCAGUUGAAAGGGGAAGCUCUUCAGGUGCUGGAAAUGUAGCAGACCGUGUCUUGGCUCAGUUGUUAACGGAAAUGGAUGGGAUAGAGCAGCUGAAGGACGUGACAAUUUUGGCAGCUACAAACAGACCGGACAUGAUAGACAAGGCCUUGCUAAGACCAGGAAGAAUAGAUAGAAUUAUCUAUGUGCCAUUGCCAGAUGCAGCCACUCGCGAGGAGAUCUUCAGACUUCAGUUUCGGUCUAUGCCAGUCAGUGAGGAAGUCUGCUUGGUGGAGCUCAUUCAGCACACACACAAAUAUUCAGGAGCAGAGAUAACAGCAGUCUGUAGAGAAGCAGCCCUGCUAGCUCUUCAGGAAGACAUAAAUGCCAAAUUUAUCAUGGGACGGCAUUUUCGGUAUGCACUGACUGUCGUGACACCAAGAAUUCCCGAUUCCUUAAUCCAGUUUUAUGCAGAUUAUCAGCAGCAAAGUGGACUGCAUGCACUUUGAAAGGCAAAUUAAUACAUAUGCCUGCUCAUAGUGUGAAUAGCAAAUUUCCUUUGUAAAGCUGUCAAGAGCUAAAGAAUUUUGUAUUGUACAUGGAGUGUCCAAAGUUGACUCAAAUGCGGAAUCAUCAUAAUAAAUGCCCAUGUGGAUUUUUUGAGUGUAACAGAAA